AACAUCUGUAUAUGCCACCCACCCAUGCCACCCAUGCUAGCCCAUUUUUAACACCAAAGAUACAAGUAAAGUUACUUUGAAAGGUAGAUUUGCUUGAGAAUGGAAUAUUUGAAGGAUCCCGCAAUUCAGCCUCAACCCCGACGCCCUCGCGGAUUUGCUGCCACCGCCGCUGCUGCGGCGGCAGAGGCCUCACCUAAUGCACCUGCCUCCGCCAAAGGGAAAAGAGAGAGGGAGAAGGAGAAGGAAAGGACGAAGCUCAGAGAGCGACACCGCCGUGCCAUCACUAGCCGUAUGCUGGCCGGUCUCAGACAAUAUGGUAAUUUCCCUCUCCCUGCGCGUGCGGACAUGAACGAUGUGCUCGCUGCCUUGGCUCGCGAGGCUGGAUGGACGGUCGAGCCUGAUGGCACCACCUAUAGGCACUGUCCUCCUCCCCAACAGAUGGUUUGUUUCCUCAGUUCUCUUUUCUUUGACUACUUCAUUGUCGGUGACAAGAGAGUUGCAUACCAAAUUCAAUUCAAAAUUGAAAUUCGAGGGUUUUAUGGUGAAAUUAAAAUGCACGGUAUUUACUCUUGAAAAUUACUUUGUUAAAAUACAUGUAUUUCAUUCAA